CAUCAAUAUCGCACUUUCAUAAAGAAACCCGCUUUAAGCUCAAUAGCCAUGUCGGCGACAUCAAUUUCAUCGACGCUGGAUCAUAUUGUCUUGCUGCUGCCGCACACGACUCUUUCGAACCUCCCCGGCUGGAUCACUGACUCAUUCACGGUUCUGGAUGGCGGGCGACACACAAACCGCAUAACAGAAAACAAACUCAUUGUCUUUUCGGACGGAACCUACAUUGAACUGAUUGCCUUUGUCGAUGGGGUGGACCCCGAGAAGCGCGCUGCUACGCGGUGGGGCCAAAAGGCCGAAGGAGAAGUCGUCGACUGGGCUCUGACCCUGCUGGAACGCGACGGAGAGCAAAAAUCACAACCCGAGCAAUUUUUUCCAGAGAUACAGGCCAGCGUCAAUGCUGCGCAGACGCAGUUUUCUUUCGCAGAUCCGGUCGGCGGCGGAAGGACGGCGCCGGACGGAACCGAGCUGCGCUGGGCUAUCUCGGCCCCUCGAACCUCGAGCUCCCAGUACGGUGUCAGCGGAGGGACUGUCCAUUUGGACGAAGGGGAGCUGCCAUUCUGGUGCCUUGACCGUACGCUACGCCAUUUGAGAGUACCUCAUCUAUCGCCAGAAGAAGUAAAUCAUGCAUGCCUCGCAACCGGCGUGGCGGGUAUUUCGGUGCGAGUUGACUCACCAGAGCAAGCCAUCGGGCUAAGCAAAGUAUACAACGUUAUUUUGGGCUCAGGUGCUAAGCCCUCUGCUGCGGACUCAUCCAGUGCGACAUUCCGGUGGGAACUGCAGGUGCCCGCUCUGAAGUCAUCACCUCAACCAGCCCACCUUACUAUCCAAUCGACUCAGACGGACACGGUUGGCGUAGAGACAUCUUAUCCAAACUCUCGAGGGGGUCCAGGGUCGGCACGUGUGACUAUCGCUUUGUUUGCAAGGACAAAGAACUCGAGGACUCUGAGCGGCGAUAUUGGAAACGGGCAGAUACUUGAUAUUUCCAUCAUUCCUGAAAGCAAACAGCUACGCAUAGUUGAUGUCUAGCAUUAGUACGUUAUUUUGGGCCAUCGGAAGUCAGUUUCGAGUCUGAUAACGAUUUUAUCAAUUAUGACGGAG